AUGUCCACCGAGUCAAACGACGUCAGCUUUGAGACUGUUCUCGCGGAACUGCAUCACCUGCUAUUAGGCAUACCCCCAGAAUCAAAUCUGCCUUUCGUGGAAAAUUCUCAGGACUCACAUUAUGCAUGCUUCCUCAACUUCUCUCUGGACCCUGAUCUGAUGGAGAAGAUCGAAGAUGAGGUCGGGGUAUUCAGUGAACAAUUCAAAAAUUCCUCGGAGAGGCAAAUGUUAUUAACAUUUGUUAAUAACUCUCUCAGCAAUAUGGUGAAACGUGCUCGUUCCGUCGAUGAUGAAGACGAACCUUCGAGGCGAACACGUACAUGGGAUGAAAAAUUCAGCCCUACUCUGUGUUUGUGCUCUAUAUGCACAAAGACCGAAUCAAUAUCAAAGCAGCACUUGGCGACUCUAAGUGAUGCCGUCGACGGCAAAAGGUUGAUUCAAAUUCGCUUUGGAGAUCGAAGAGUCGUCACUAGUGUGCCCCUCACGUUCGGUGCCCUGGCCGUCACCAUUCGUCGUUUGUUCUCCCUUUCUGCUUCCUUCGAUCUGCGCAUCUCUGUGCAUAUUCCGUCCUUCGAUGGCGAUCGCAUGGAGAUCGAUCCACUCAUAUGGCCGAACCUUUGCUACUCCCUCAUGGCUGUAUGGGUCGAAUCGGUCGAAAGGAUAAACAAGUCUGCAACCGCGACUAUCACCACCCCUCUCCCUGAAAUUUAUGUACGAUCUAGUAUAAGUGACCGAACAUUGGCCUUUCAUUACGAUCCCCUCCUCACUAUUGAGGCCUUGAUGAGAAAGCUCCAAGUCGAAGAGGGCAUCCCAAUAGAACACCAAAGGCUAUUCUUGGAUGGCAAGAUCCUUCUUGCAAUCAAGAGACCGUUGACCUUAGCUCAGUGCUUUAUCAAAUCGGGUAUCAUCCCGGAAUGGAAGUUCUCAUCCGUACGACCAAUGGUAUCCGUCGAGCGAAAGGGGAGUGGAUUGCAAAGCAUAACCUGGGCAGUGCAAUCACAAGACACUCAGUAUGAUGAAGAGCCCGUUGGAUCGGAUGGCCCUGACAUACAAUGGUCAUACGACUUGUCGGGUUUUCCUUCGCGCCUUCCUCAUAAUUGUUUCGAUCCUACACAUCCCGUCAUCGAUCCAUCGAACUCUGUGCUUGUCCUUGAUACCGAAGUGGCCGAAUACUUGGAAGCAGCCCUUCGUUCCCUAGAGCUACCUCCCUCUAUGCGCAGGUCGUUCAUAACGUGGGUCAUACUCGUCUACAUCCCUCCGGGUUACUAUUAA